AUGAUCCAUCUAUUGAGCAUCAUCUUGAUAAUGAACCAAGCUAAAUGCUAAGUGACACUUAACAUGAGUGAGAAUUAAAAUUGGACAGCUAAUUUCGGAACAUCAAGAAAUAUUAGUUUUUAGAUUACAUCCCUUCCUAAUAAGUAUUGUUACGUUACGAUAGAGCUAUAAGAUAGGGAUCCUAAUUUUUUAUUAGUUGCAGACUAUUAAGUUAAACCAAAUCCUGGGUUAUUUCCAAUAUAUAAAUAAGGAGAAAAAAUUGAUAGAGUAAGGUAAAAAUUUCUAUUCUAUUUAGUUAACUGGAAAAUAGAAGAACUAGAUUUCUAAAGUUGCAAAGAAACAGAGGAAUUAUCUAUAUUUCUUGUCUUACUAAUAAAUAGAAUAAUUCAUUUAAAAUAAUAAUCACAGCCAAAGAUUAAGAUCAAUGUGACAACGAAUGUAGUUUCAAUGGGUUUUGCUAGGUAAUAAUAUUGUAAUAAAAGAGUAAAGGAUGUGUUUGUUUAAGUUCUUUUAUUGGGAAUGAUUGUCAUCAAUUAUCUGAGGAGAUAGUUCCAAGAUCUAUAAAACUUGUGGAAUUUAUUAAUACUAAUACAAUAAAGUACUUCUCGGUUGAUCUCUAUCAUUCAUUAGGAAACGAUUUGAGGCUGGACUUUGCAGUACUUAUAGUUAUUUGAAACCUAGGCUGAUUGUGACGAUUGCUUAACUAUUUAGAUUUAUAAAACUAAAGCUCUUAUGAGUCCAAAGGAUGGUAAAAAUGGCAAAUAUAGUUAAUUAUUUAAUAUCACAGGUGGACAUGGAACAGUUUUAGCUUAAAUUCCCAUUAAUUUGCCAGAAUCAUAAAGAUUUCUUUGGUUUGCUGUUUUCAAAUCAGAGUCUUAUUAAGAUAAUAGUCAUUUAUAAAUUGGAUUUAAUUACCCCUCUUAAUCCGCUGAGGAUGACGGCUAAGAUAGUGCGAUGUUAGCCUCCAUUAUUAUCCCAUGUGUUAUUGGGCCAAUAUUGUUGUUUUAUUUUAUAAUGAUGGUAAUAAAAAGGUAUAGAAAUCCAAGUAAUCAAAUUUUUCCAGUGACAAUUAAUGAUUAUGACAUAUAUGAUAGUACUUAGGAACGCAGAUAUCAGAUGCCUACUGAGUAUUUUGGUGGGAACCGCAAUUCUUAACCUAGCAGAAUUUAAUAAUAUUAAUAACAUCAUCAAAGAGAUAGAACCAAUAUUUCUUUGAAUCUAGAAACUUAUAUUAAUAACCACAAUUCCCAACAAAAUAGAAAUAACAUUUCUUACAACUUUGAUUCAAGGCCUUCUAGAAAUUACCUCCCCAUAUACGCAGGCAAUUAACCCCAGUCAUAAAGAAAUUAAUAAAGCAUUAAUUAAAAUAAUAAUUCUAAUCGAUAAAGGAAUUAAGUUCUAUCUUUGUCCCAAGAAAGGUAGCUUUUAAGGAUUUAACCAUCUGCGCCAAUAAGACCUCCACAAAAAACCAAUUAAAUUGAUUAAUGUAGUAUUUGCUUGUCAGAGCUUACAAAUCAAAAUGCGGUGACAACUACUUGUGGGUAUAAUAAAUUAUUAAUGUAGUCAUAAAUUCCAUCUAAACUGCAUUCAAUAAUGGUUUGCAUAAUAAAGAAAUUGCCCUAACUGCAGAAGACCUACAAGUUUACAACCAAAUAAUUGA